AUGCUUGAUCUCAGAGAAGGCAAUAACACUGUUGCGGCACACACUCCACAGCGGGUAGCAGAGGAGAUAAACAUCUUAUCUCUGCUACGGCAAGAACUACGAAACACACACGAGGAUUAUGAUGGAACAUCAGCUGUAGAUCCUCCUGUUGAACCGGCAUUCCGCACAGUAGAUGCGAAAAUACUUGGAUAUCUCAAAUUUCCAAGUUUUCCAUUUAUUGUAUGUGAUGAAGCCCCUGCAUCUUAUCAGGCACCUGUUCCUUAUAAUUUGGAAAGUGUUGUUGGAAAUCUCCGUGAUCAGGUGUAUGGUAUUGAGAUGUUUCUACAGAAUGAGGAAAAGGUACGUGCUGCUGCUGCUGCUAGUAAAGCCAAAAGAACUCCUAAAGGAAAAACAUCUGGAAAUAAAAAAGGUGAAAAAAAACCUGAUAAACCCGAUCCUCUUGAAUUUUUUACAGAAGUUAUGGGAAGAGAUGCCUGUUUUGCAGAUGUCUCUAGAGAAUCCUCUGUAGUUCGCUGGUAUACACGAUGGGUGGCUUCCCACUCUCUCUGUUGUCUGCAAGAGGCACUUGGACAAUUAGAGUAUGUUCUCUCAGAGGCUGGAAUGCCAAGUGAAGAGGAAUUACAAAAGGCUGUUCAACGUAUUUCCUUUGUAGAGGCCGUCAGUACAUUGGAGAAGGAUCGACAUGAAGUUAUUCAAGCAGAACGACAUCGUAUGCACUCACGUACACGAACCUUUCGUCAACAUUUAAACCCAUUGGCUAUCACUGCUGCGGCGAGUUCAUUCCUAACGGCGGAGGAGAAGUAUAGAUAUCAGGAAUUUCAUAAUCAAACGGAACAUCUUUUAAUGAUGCUUCAUCAUGCCUUACAUGCCCAAUAUGUAUCUUGUGGUCGUGAACCUUCUCUUGUGGAUCCUGAAGGAUCUUAUCUUGAAAAUCUUAAAAAUGGAACUCUCACUACAUCAUUAAGAGAAUCAUGUAGUGAAGAAGUACACUGUCUUUCUGAUGCGGCUAUAAGAGCAUUACGACAGGAACGGGAUGCGAUUACAGUUUUAUUACAGAAAAUUCAUGAACGUCAAGAAAAUGGUGUUGUGGUUGGUUUAACACGUGAACAAUAUCAACAAAGUCGUUUGGCGGCUAUGGUAGUAUAUAAAUGUUUACAAGAUGAUAUUGCGAUGUUGGAAGAACAAACUCGUAUUGGAAAAGAAUUUCUUAUGCAUUAUGAUUCUUGGAUUCAAUAUCGUUGUGGUACUUCACAUGAAAAUCUAGUACGACAUCUUGCAAUUACUGUAAAAGAUGGAGGAGAUGCAUUAAAAUCCAUAAAAUGGAAUUCAAGAGAGGGAUUACCUUCUAUACCAUCACGUGAGGGAUCCAUCUCAACUUCAAAUAUUCUCACAGCUACUCAAUUACCACGGCAUGUGGAAGAAGUAUGUGAGGCUUUUAUGUCACUUUUACGAUUAUCCAAAACGGCAUUGGGCUAUGAAAGUGUGAGAGGUGUUCGUGAAACAGUUUACCGUCAUUGGAUGUGUUUAUCUUUGCGGUAUACAUGUAUGCAAUUGGUACUUGGUCGAUGGCCUAGUGAUCUUCUUCUUUCCGGUAUUGAUGAUAUCACCAACAACCUCGUUCGUCUUGUCUCUGAUAAUGGUUCGAAUUUUGCAGCCGCUCAAUCUCAUAUUGGUGAGUUAAACGCCGUUCUUCGUUCUUUUCUCAGUCUAGUUAAAAAUGGUGCAGCUCAACGUUUGGCACAACAAGAACUACUAUUUUUUCCAAAUGGUAAUAUGAGUACCAAUAGCAAUAGUAAUAACAGCAACAACAAUACGAAUAUAAAUCCUAAUCAUCAUCAUCAUCAUCAUCAUUCAAAUGAUAUGGGCGGUAAUAGUACAAAUACGAAUCAACCUGCAGGAGCAGGAGUAACAAACAACACCAACACUACCAAUACUGCCAACACCACUUCACGUAGUCUUGACAUUCCUGUUGCUUUUCGUCUUGAUAAAGAUCUUGAAGGUCUUGAAAAAGUUGUGGGAAUGACAGAUAAUGAUGAGGAAUUAUGGGGAUCUAUCUUUGAUGCCUUAUGGUUUCAAGCAGAUCCAACCGGUAACUCCCAUGGAGGUCUUCUCAUCUCCAAAGAUCUUUCUAUUGAUGUGAAUAAAGGAUUUGGGUUUCUUCGUUUAGAGAGUAUUACUUUACCAGAUCGAGUUCCCAAGACUCUACAAAACCAACGAGCACCGCCUACUUUAUAUAUGAAUAUGCGGUAUGCCAUUCACCCUGCUGAUACCGCCCCUGCACGUUCCUUUGCCCAAACAGUAGAAGAAAACAAUACAAACAUGACCUCUACUUCUGUUAUUACACGAUAUGGAUAUGCCCGUCGAGUACUACACAUUUUAUCUGAAUUGGAACGACGACAACUUUUACAGGAAUAUGCCUGUCGAUUAGAGGAAGUAGAUUUAGUGCCACUUGAAAAUACGGUGUAUUUCUCACGACAACGGGAUGAUGGUCGUGCAAGUAUAGAGAGAAGUUCACAACGUCGAUCGGCAUCUCUUCGAGGAACUGAAGGGGGAACUUCCUCUACGAUGUCUACAUCGACACGAAAAUAUGUAACUCUUGUAGGUCUUUUACCACCUCCUGCUGUUAAUCUUAUGCGGUAUAAUUCCGUCUGUCCGGGAGCCCCGUAUCCCGCUACUCGUAAAGAGAGUCCAUCCCUCACUUCUCUUACGUUGUUAAUUGGAAAUAUGUUGUUAAAUGCCUCCUCUGCAGGGAAUACAAUGUUGAAUGAAUUAUAUAUGUUGGGGGAAAGAAUACGAGAUCAGGGUAUGAUGGAUAUGGAAGCGAACAAUAUGGAAACAGGAACAGAGGAGGCGGUUAUAUCAGAGAGAGGACGAGAGGCUUCCGGCAGUGAAUCCACGAAUAAUGAUGGAAAUUCGCUUGUUCUUCCUAUAUUACGUGUAUUGGAUGAAUAUAUGGCUGGUGAUGCGUUUAACAAAAUGUUGAGUUUGGCAGAUAAUGAGAUGGAAGAGCAACAGAGAAAUAGUCGAGAGUUACGUCAUUAA